GGAUCGUUCGCCCAAACGUGCAAUGCGCCUAUGACAAUGCGAGGAAGUCUGGCCAUCAUUGCCUCGAUUGCUACGAGCGUUACCGGACUGCUUGCGAACAAGCUCUUCUUCACAACAGCACCUCCAGAUUCCUAUCUCGAAUUCGCGUUGUUCCUGUCCCUUAUCCAUCAAUCAUCAUGUCAUAUAUCUAGACGCAUCGCCAAAAAGCUGGGCAUUUAUUAUCCUUUGGAUAAAAAUGAUCAGUCUAUUUGGGCGGUGUCUUUGAUUAAUUCUGUCGCACUCACGCUUGAAUAUUGUCUCGUUUAUUGUGUUACAGGAGCAUCGCACUUCUUCCGAUUGGCGUCUUCCAAACUCUAUGGAUGUUAAUUGACCCAUGUAUCGCUACAUUGCGCUCGAGAUCUCCCCACAUUCUGUCUAUCUGGGUCUUUCGUGGUAUCCUGCUUUUCGGCGCUGCCUUAGCGUCUGCGGAGACAAUCGCCGGAAUGAACGUUACCAUGUCGCUAGUAGUGGUUGCUGCGAUAUUCUUCCGCAGUGUGUCUGGGGCCCGCAUACCCAAGGCCCACCGAAAUGAUGAUUUCGGUACUUCGUACGGACACCUUGCGUUCUUACUCACGAUUGGCACGAUGUUGAUAGUCGGGUACACGAGAGAGCAUUUUGCGCAAACAGAGCAUGCAAAUACGAAUUGGUCAAUCCCAUCACUCAUUGUCCUUACAUCUGUUCUCGCCGUCGCCGGAAAUUACUACGCGCGUGUUCUGGAUCAUAUCGUCUCAGGAACAAUCCUUCAAGUUGUUAGAACUGGAACGGCCGUUAUCGUUCUCCUUUCAGCGUCUACUAUGGAACAAGAUGGGUGGCCGACAUACUUCCAUAUCAGUACUCAAUCCCCGGUGACGAUCGGCAUUUUUUUGGUCAUGGCUGGAGCUGUUGGAGGUAUUUACUGCCAGACUAAGGAAGAACCAAUUGAGAUUGUUGGUACUGGGAAGGGCUAUAGCCAAGUAGAUGCAUACAAGGGACAGUUAUCAACGUGUGCAGUUGCCAGGAAAUCGAAAUGGGGGACCCGUGCUGCCUGUUGUUGGCAGGUCAUAGCUUGGUGCUUUCUACUGAGCUCAGUGAUCAAAAGAAGCAAGCUUGAAGGCCCUGGCUGCAAAUUCGACGGACAGAAAACAGGAUGGGAAUGCCGUUCACUAUAUGACGCUAGUAUCAAGACUCAGAACAAUCUCCCUGACGAGGAAAAAGCUGUUACAUUUAAAGUGUCCCCCAAUGCUCGCCCACGGCGAUUGACAGAGCCAACCUUUUACGAGCGUACUCCACUACACCCUGCCAGACCGCGCAAUCAGUUCUUAUCGUCAGGGUCUUUGGCAGGCUCGACGCCUAUCCUUUCUAUUCUUACCGUUACCAAGAAUCCUAAACCGAUUUUUGAGAGUGAUACAGCUGCCUUUGUGCUCCAACAAAGUCUUCAGUCCUUUCGUUGGAUUAUCGUAAAUGACCAUACAGAUAUACCGGAAGCGAUGGCUAUGCUCACACGAGUAGCGGCCUCAGAUCCGCGGAUCGUGCUGGUUAAUAACACAGGGAAUCCGGGUAUCUCCAACGCAAGAAACGUGGCACGACAGCAUUCGAACGCCAAAUAUGAAGUUUGCCUCGAUGACGAUGAUCUGCGUGAGCUGGUAUCUCUCGAACAAGCCGUGUGGUUAUUGGAAACCAAUCCGCACUUGGCAAUCGUGUGCUGGUAUAUGGUGUCAUUCGGUAGUUACCAGGACACCACUCUCAGCGGUCCCCAUACGGGGUCCCGCCAACUAUCAGGAAACCGACUCUUUUCAGGGUCGCUGUAUCGUCGUUCUGCAUCGGUCAAUUGCAGCUAUGAUCCCGCGCUCAAUAGUGGUGGGGAUGACUAUGACUACUGGCUGUGCCUUGCUGCAAACGGCAACUGGGGAGCCACCAUUCCGGAACUUUCGUACUGGUACCGAGUAGGGAGUGGUCAUACGUGGACAAAUCUUUUGAGCAAUUGGGACAAGACGUUUGCCUACAUUCGCUCAAAGUAUCCGUCCUUAACUUCGGAAACAUGGCCGGCACACGAUAUUCCCCCAUCUCAACCUUCCGAGACUGUCAGAUGGGGACGCCCCUUUGAUAAUUGGAUUGCAUCGAUGUCGGAAAACAGUGCGUUGGUCCUUAUUGACAGCUUUGGCGGAAAUGUUUCUGGGCGAAGAACACUCCAAAUGGUCGGCGACCUAGCUCGUCUCGGUUGGCGUGUAACCGUAGCUGCCGUCUUGCACGAUUCCGAAGAGAUCCGUCCUGAGUACUACAUGUAUACUCAUGAUGUAUUUAGUCUUCCCCUGUUUCUAAGGACUGCAGAUUUUCCGCGGUUCCUGACCUAUUUGGCAGAGAGUCGAGGGAUUAAAGCUUUUGUACUGACGGAAUCUGUUUUUGGAUAUGAAGCACUUCCCUCCCUGGUCGAGCACUUACCUGACAACACGAUGGUGUAUGAUUACAUUCAUUCCAUCGAUGCUGGACCUCUAUCGAGGGGUUUCGCUGCCAUGUCUGCUGCUAGCGGAAAGUAUAUUUACCGCACGUUUGUAGCAAACGCACAUGUACGUGACUUCAUUGUCAAGCGCGGACGUAAUCCGGAAUCUGUAUAUAUUCUGGACCGUGGCAUUGACACUGGGUACUUGAAGCCCCCUCGAGAUAUUACUAGAGCUAGGAUGCGGACUUUCCAGAGCGCAUCAAUUAGCGUCGCAGGGGCGUGCGUAGUCGCAUACACCUCUAGUUCUACGAAUGCUCCUGUGGUCGUUGAAGUGGCAUCUGCACUUGCAAGUCUGUUAGGACGACGGAAACUUCUGAUGGUUCCGCUUCACGGAAGCGACCUCCAAGAAGCCGUUAGAGAUGCAAUCCGAAGUAGGGACGAUGUUGCAAGUGCCUUUCACGAAGAACCAUACAUCUCCGAUGAGAGAUACCGGCUAUUAAUCGCAGUUUCCAGUACUGUACUCUCCUUCUCAUCUUCAAUCGACAACGCACUUGUUGCUCUUGCCUUGGGUGUACCCAUCGUCUCAGCGGAUGAUGUGCAAGAAGUGAAAGCGGCUUUCUCUUCGGUGGAGACUACUGCUGCCACUGUGGUUGAUUCGAUACAAAACGUCAGUGCGCUUGCGAUGGCCUUGUUAGCAAACUGUAACAGAAAAUGGGUCGUUAACGAGGAGACAAAAAAGGCGGCCAAAAGGAAAUUGGAAAACACAACCGCGUCAAGCAUCCUCGCCGCUCACCUGAACCACCAUGUUAGCUCCCCCAAGUCUACGAUAGGAGCGGAUGCUGCAGUUUACUCGGCAAUCGAACAUUUACUGAGGGAUCACAGGCUGCAGGCGGACGCAUACGAGCAUCAAAUUAGGCUGCCAGAUUAUUUGAAACACUAAUUUAAUAAUACCGAUAGUAUUUUGCCAAUAACAAAUGUCAAAAUACACCAGAACCACUUGGGUCUGGCGACAAGCAGCCCAGAUAGCUACUGCAUCGCAAUACGUCGCGGUUGGUCAACCGGGUGAUUAGUCCACGAUCAUACAACAAAAAUCUCACUGGGCCUUUCCGAAGCUGUUUGGUCAGAGGAUGUUCAGAUACUUGUAAAGCAGAAUUAGUCUGGACAAUAAGCAUGGGAAAUAUCUACAAAGACAUAUCUGCGAUCAUAGCAACGUAUUAGUUGCUUGGCAAUGCUGUCAUUAUCGAGAGGACGAGGGCCUCGGCGCGAGAUUGGCAAUGCUGAUGAUUUGGUUCUUGUUGAGAGUCAAGGAUGGAGGACAAGAGGGGAAAAGAGCAAACAAGACAGGGGUUUAUCUAGAAAAACAAGUGCAUGUUCCACUCAUCAAAUGGAUGCAGGUGGACCCAUUUUAUUGUUUAUCUUCAUGACAAUGGCACAUGAGCGUAGUCAACUCAAGUUGCUGGAACGCCACAGG